CUCCUCGCUCUCUUUCCAUCCCGUCAUCGUUUCAACCAGCAGCUUAGUGUAUUAGUCAGGUUCAGAGCCUGAACUCCAUCUCUUUGCCAGAAGAAACCCUACACCUGCGCCAGCUUAACAGAGUCAGGGGAAUAUGCCGGUGCGGAUCCUUCCUGUACAGCCCCCAAAAGGUGACACUCAGUCUCAGAUACUGUAUUUAUGUGACAGAGCAGUCGCAGGGGCCCUCCUCGCUUCAGGCCUAUUGUUCUGGAGGUUUGUAUUGGCAGACUUGUCACUGUGUCGGCUGUGUGUUAGUUCAGUGCUGAGUCUCAGAGUGCAAGGAGAGUACAAGAGGUUUUGAAUAGACAUCCUCGGGGCUUCUCUUAUUCACAGGGCUGACUGAGACAUCUAUCACAUGGGUUCAAAGGGACAAGGAUUUUCUUCUGUGGGGCUUACAUUUGUAAAAUACUGAUGUGCCUGUAGCACACAAUAAAGUAUUAAGACUGGUUUUCAAAAAAUUUAGAGAAAAAGCAAAUUAGAAGGCUGCUAAACUCAUUUAAAUAAGUUUAGGCAUAUUCAAGUCACAGGAAGAUCCCAAUGAAACGUUUUCCCACUGGGUUUUAUGCAAGCAGAUAGUCUAGUGUGUUAAUAAUGCAUAACGUUAUGUUAUAAAUCAAAACAUAUUUGUUUCCAUAGAGAAAUACACACAGGGCACUCUCCGAGCCCCUAUAUGAAGGUAUGUUUAUCUAUAGUUUGAGGAGGGAGGGGUGGAGACUUGUGUUAAAAAAAAGGCGUAGGAAAAGCAGAGAAGAAACCUUCAAUGAGAUUAGUAGACCUCAGAGCGCACAGAUACAGCACGCUGGAAAUGUCAUCUAACCGCAAAUAAACGAGUCAUGUUAAAUGACAAAACUUUUUGAACUGACAAGGAAUCAUUUUUGUCUUUUCUGAAGAAAAAAAAACAAGAGACAAAGAUUAGGCUAUGAGGAUUAUUUUUGACAACUCCACUGUGCCAUUCCACUGCUGCCAGAAGCUCUCCAUGUGAUGCACUACAUUUGCGCAACAGGUUCUGCGAGACAAAUUUAACAGGAUCAGCUUUGAUCAAUGUAGGAAGAAGAAGAAGAAGCAUGCUGUCCCCGUUUUGGCCCUUUGGCAUCGAGCAGGAGAUCAACUCAUGGGAUGUAGUGGAUGCAGAGGCAGGUUCAACACUGGCAAGGUCUCGGUGUUUUUUACCAUGGUCCUGAUCUUCACCUACUUCUUCUACUGCCUCACCGGGUUUUGCGAUUCGGCUCCGAGAAAUUUAUACAGCCAACAAGCUUUAGACUAUGACAUUUUGGACGAUCAUCGCCGCGUUCUGCACGACCUGCGACCAUCGCCGCGUCUUCUUCCCGACGCGCCCCCUCACCGGAACCGCACAGCGUCCGCGGACGCAGAACAGGUGGACACUCCGGGACAGCUGCCUCAACAACACGUGUCGGACAGUGCAAAGGAGAGCGCCCAGAGCAACAGCAUCCCCGUGUCCAACACUUUCGGGACAAAACGGUUUCCGCAGGCGAUAAUAAUCGGCGUGAAGAAAGGAGGAACCCGCGCCCUGCUGGAGUUUCUCCGCAUCCACCCGGACGUGAGAGCGGUCGGCGCGGAGCCUCACUUCUUCGACAGGUUUUACGAUAAAGGACUGGAGUGGUACAGGAACCUGAUGCCUCGGACACUGGACGGCCAGAUCACUAUGGAGAAAACCCCCAGCUACUUUGUCACAAAGGAGGCUCCUAGCCGUGUCUGCACUAUGAACUGCCAAACCAAGCUCAUUGUGGUGGUCAGGGAUCCUGUGACACGGGCUGUAUCUGACUACACCCAGACACUAUCCAAGAACCCAAGCCUUCCAUCUUUCCAAAGCCUGGCUUUGAAAAACUCCACCACAGGUCUGAUUGACACCACGUGGAGCGCUGUGCGCAUCGGCCUCUACGCCAAACAUCUGGAGAACUGGCUUCAGCACUUCCCCUUGUCUCAUUUUCUGUUUGUUAGCGGUGAGCGGCUGGUGUCUGAUCCGGCUGGGGAGAUGGGCCGGGUUCAGGACUUCCUGGGUCUGAAAAGGGUUGUUUCAGACAAACACUUCUACUUCAACCAGACCAAAGGUUUUCCCUGCUUGAAGAAGCCAGAGGGAAGUAGCAGACCUCGCUGCCUUGGAAAGUCUAAGGGCAGACCCCAUCCCCAGAUCCCUUCCGAGGUCUUGCAGAGACUUAGAGACUUCUACAGGCCCUUCAACCACCUUUUCUACCAGAUGAGUGGACAAGACUUAGGCUGGGACUAACAGGAGAGUCCUGUCAAAGCCCAGAUAAAAGCCACCCUUACUUUCUGGAGGGACUGACACAGGACUAACGUUCUCAGGGACGGGGUAGAGGAUUACACAGUCCACAAACUGAAUUCUGCCUCAGUGGUAUCAACAUGACAUGCAGCACAUGAACUGUUUUGUUGGAGAGUGGAAGCUGACAUGGAGACAGUGCUGCCAAUAUACCCUCAUAGUUAAUGGCUUAGUUAUUAAACCAUUAAUGUCAUGAAGUUAGAAGCAAACUAUGUACCAAAGGGUAACAUCAUUUUUCACUUGCUUUACGUUUUGUUUAUAAAAUAAGCUGAUAUUUAUAGUUUCUGUUGAUUUGAAUUUCAACAGUUUCUUUUAUGAAAAAGUAUUUAUUACACAACAAGGCAAAAAAUAAAACUGACUACACUUUUAUUGACAGGACAUUGGAAAAAAUGUCAUACGCCAUGAUAAACCACUAUUUCCUUUUAAUUAUUAGCAGUGUUACUUUGACUGCAUUUAUAUUUUAAUUACAUGUACUAUUUCCAAAUGCUAUAUAUCUUAAUUUGAUGUUGCAGGAUAUUUCUCAGUACAUUGCAGUUGAUAUACCAAUGAUACCUCAUCUGUAAAUAUUAAACAACCAUCAGAAACUACACAUACACACAUUCCAUCUGUAGAUAUUUAGCUACAUCACUAUUUUAAUAGCCUUGGACAGUUCCAACUGUAUCCGCUGUUACUCACUUAAAAUAAAUUACUGUUUUGAUCUGUGAUUAUUUUGAAUCAUUUACACGGUAUGUGUACACAAAGCACAGAGUGGUGUGUAUAAAAUCUAAUUCUGACUCAGAUUCUUUGUGUUAUGAAGUAAAGUUUUAUCUCACAUGA